AUGAAUAUAGAUUUAAAAGUUUUACUUAUCAAUGAUUUCUUUAAAGUUUAUUUAAUUAGUCCAGUGCUACUAUUUUUAUCCACUAUUUGGGUUUUAUAUACAAUAAAUACUGCUGCUAGUACUAAUAUUACUACAAAUAUCGCUAACAAUGACCCAAAUCAACAAACAUACAAACAAAAUGCUACUAUUACUUCAUUUAUAAAUGAUACAACAUCAUUAAUUUUUGCUACUGGAACUACUAUUACGACUAGUACCAUUACAAUUACCACUACUGCUGCCACUAACAUUAAUAUACCUUCAAAUGAAAUAAAAUCUGUAAUUUAUGACACAUUGGAUGAAAAAAUUAAUGAAAUAAAUAAGGUAACGAUAAAGCAAUCGAUUUUCCCCAUGAUUAAUUCCAAUAUAAAUGAGUGGAUCAAUGCUUAUAAUAUUAUGGAGAAUUAUGAGGUGAAUGUUUUAACUACUGCUUCUAACAAAAUAUCUGCAUUUCUAUACAAUAAAUCAAAACUUAUUAAUGAUACUGUAGAGGAACUUUUAAACAAUGGAGCUAUUAUUAGCGGAAGCGGAAACACUGAUGAUAGUGACAAUGCCAAUUUAACUCUUUUGCAAUUCGAUUAUAACAUUUUUAAUAACACUAUUAAUGAUAUUAUAUCUCCUUAUACUUCCUUCAGCAAAUUAAAGCCCAAUUUUUGGAACGAAUCCAUCAAUCUUCAUAACAUCAGCUCAAAAUACUUAUUUAAUUUGAAUAGUUCUCAAAAUGCCACUUUUAAUAGAAUGAUCAAUGAAUUUAUAACAAGUAUUAAACAAGAGUAUAAUAGCACUGGUAAUAAUAAUCAUACAGCAUUAUCUACAGUGAAUAAAAGCAAAAGAGACUAUAAAACCACUAGUACUGAUUCAACUAAAUUCGAUUAUGAAGAUGAUAAUAAAAACGUUCAAAAUAAUAAUAAAAAAAAGAAAAUACUUAGCAUAGUGUACACAUGCAUUUUCAUUUCCAUAUUUGUUAUGUCAAUUAUUGCAAGUUUAAUUAGAAAUCACUAUAAGUAUACUAAUCAAAAUAAAUUGGUUCAUAAGAAAAUAACUAAUAAUAUAGUUCCAUUUUUCUUGGAACAGUACAAAAAUAAUAAAGAUGAUCAUCAGCAAAACAUUAGGAAUUUUGAAUUUAGCUUACAGAACCAUUUACCGCAGAUGAUAAUCAAUUAUAUUAAUGAAUACAAUAAUGUUUUAUUUUUUAACUGUACAAAAUUUGGUACUAGACUAGGGACGAGCGAUAUAGAAGAUAAAGCUUAUGAUAAAAGCGAUAGUGUUAAUAAAGCUUGUAAUUUGUUUAAUAUUUUCAACAAUGGAAAAUGGUUAUAUUACUUAUUUUUCAUUAUUUUAAUUGAAAAGUAUUUAACGCUAAGUCUGUACCCUAACGAAUAUAGUAUUUUUUCUGACAUCAAAGAAGUUGAUAAAAGCUCGACACUAUCCAAAAGGUCUUUGGUCGAAAAUACAAAAGAAAUAUAUGAAACUACUAUUGGAUCCACUAAGAAUGAAACUUUUCUAAAUAGAUUAGGUUCAAUUUGCAGUGGCAUAAAUGAUUUUCAAGAAGAAAUCAAUAAAAAUUUACAAGAUUCAAUGAGGUAUAAUUUAAUCAAUGAUCAAGGUAACAGUAAUUACAGUGGUUCCAUACUUGAAUAUAUCAACGACAUUGAGCAUAUUUAUAACGAAAAAUAUAGCGAUAGCGUGUUAUUGUUUAAUGAAUUAAAUGGAACCAAUAUUUUUUUGGAAGAGCAAAAUAAGGCUACACAAGGAUAUUAUAAUUAUGUCUUUGAACUUAUUAACUUAGAGUUUAAUGAAAAGAUUAUGGCAAAGAUAAUCAAUAGCACUGUUGCUGAUGAAGCAUUUUCAGCAAUUAUAACUAAACGUGACAAAAACAACAUUCUGUCAAUGGAAGAAAACAAAGAAGACAAUGUACCGACGGAUAAGGUAAAAAAUAUUAUAAUGAAUUGUUUUAAUUAUACAUUGUUGGGCCUUUUAGGUAUAAUAAUUAUUCAUCAUAUUGUACAUGCUAUUAAUUUUCAAUAUUAA